AUGGAACAAGACCUCGACAAUGGAGCAAACGGUUCAAUAACAACAGUAUCCGCAACAAUUCUCUGCGCCCGUUUGAUUCACCACUGCCAUCUUCUCCUCGCCGAACUCGACGUCUUCCAAAAUGCGAUUGCGUCACGCUUCCGUCGACACCAACAGCAGCAGCAUCUGGUCGAGAUGCGGCUCUUGAGAUCGGUUGUUGCUGCCGAGCUCAAGACGCUAGAGCGGCUGGCCUCUGAUACAAGGGCCAUCAUUGCGGAGCGCACUGAAAAGGAAAAGCUUCGCGAGAGGCAACAGCAACAAGACCAGUGGCAGGAUGGGGGGGAUUAUGACGACGACGAUGCGGAUCUGAAAAUGAGAGAAGGACGAAUUAUACAUACCCUCCGCUCCUCGAAUCUUUCGUUUCUUACAGCCGUAUGGACAAUCGCGAAAGAGCGCUGUCCGGGCGUUAUAUCGUUCUCUAAGCGGUUCUACUGGGACAAAGACGCAAACAAGCCAGCAGUCGAGGAUAAACAGACCAAACCACCCAACAAAGACAAGAAGAAAAGCGCGUUUGUGGAUAUUGUCUAUGGAAAUGGGGAGGAUUGGAUGAAGGUAUCGAGUAUUAAUCAGAGUCGGUUGUUGUUCGAGAUGGCCGAGAAAGGGUGGGAGUUGGAUAGUGAUGACGAGGAUGAAGUUCCUUCUCUGCAGAACUUGCAACUUGACCAGGGACAGAGACAGGAGAUACCGACUGAUUACGGCGAGGAUGCGGAGGAGAACAGUGAUCAGCUAGAGCUGAUUACGAUGGCCUUUGAUAUGAUCAAAGCUGCACGAGCGACUAGGGUCAGAUACAAGAAUCCGCGUGUGCACAUAAUAGCGCCCAAACUUGAAGAGGGGAAAGUUCCUGAAAUAGAUAAAGUACUGAGUAUCAUUCGAAGUUAUGGAGUCACUAUUGAAUGCGGGAUACAAAUGCGUGAUAUUUUCAGUGAUGACGAGGCAUAUGACAAUCGCGAUCCGAGUAGCAUCACUGAGGAUGACCUGCCACUAUCAUCUAUGCUUCCUAAUCCAUUUGAAAAAUUUACUGACAUUGUCAACGUUGAUUGCACGCUACUACUGGCAUUGGCAUCAGAUCUGUCUCAUCUUCAAAACAUUGCCCCAUCUCCUAGCUUUCAUCGUGCCAUUAUUAGGCAGAUCGAAGUUGAAGACGAGCUGCCUCUGCUCACCACAGAACUUUGGCCAGCUAUGGUUGGGCGAAAACUUGUAUGCACUCAAGAGGCUAUCAAAAGAAUGAAGGAGAUUGUCAGUACAAUCGGCACGGAAACAGAGAGGAAGAGGACUGCUAUCAUACUAGGUGAAGGCGACAUGGAAGGGCUAGACAAAGAUACACUGCUUCGCGAACUCCAAAAGAUAUCGGACCACUCUGUUCCCGCUCAGUUGAAUCUUCCAAUCAGCGUUGUGGAUGCGCAUGCAGAAAUCGAGACGGCAAUGAAGCAGAAAAGAUUUCCUCCCGUCAUCGACAAAAUCACUCAGAUCCUCACUGACAUUAAUUACAGCGUCUUUCUCUAUGGUUGGGCUAGAGGCAUUGUCACAGUUUCGAGUAACAAGACCGUUGUGAAGCAGAUCGAAAGCACCAUAGAGGAUAACCGAGGGGAUGAUGACACGCUGGAGGGCCCGAAAAUAUGGAUUUGUGACACGGCUAGAAGUUUGAUUGGAAAGGAAAAGAAUCGAAAACCAUAG